UGUUUAUUUAUUUUUGAGAGAGAGAGAGAGAGACAGAGCAUGAGCAGGGGAGGGGCAGAGAGAAAGGGACACACAGAAUCUGAAGCAGGCUCCAGGCCCUGAGCUGUCAGCACAGAACCAGACUUGGGGCUCGAACUCAUGAACUGAGAGAUCAUGACCUGAGCUGAAGUCAGACUCUCAACAGACUGAGCCGCCUGGACGCCCCUCAGUUUUUGUCUUAUUGACUACAACUGUGUCAAACAGCUGCCCCUAGAUGUAAAGGGGUCUGAAAAAGUAUUUUUAGCUAGAAUUAAGUGAAGGUUCUAUUAGCAUGACUAGAUACUAGAUCGAAAAAGACCAGGGUCUGCUGCAGAAAAGCUGAGUUAUAGCAAGCUGUCCUCAGCACAUGACAAAAAAUAAAGGGAACCUCACUCUUACUUCCAAAGAGCAUCCAGAGGGCAUGGCUAAGAUAUGGUCGAUGUCCUACCACAAAGAAGGAGGUGAAAGAAGAGCGAGUAUAAGGGAUCCUGCUGCAUUAGCUAUAGAGGGGAAGAAUUUCCCCAUGGUCAAUAACUCAACGGUAGUUAACCUUCACUAACCCUUCUGAAGCCGAGAGGAAAGAAGACUUGCUCUCUAUAUUAUGUGUUUGCAUUCUCAUGUAAGUGGAAGCCCAUGAAAAUGCACAUCUAACUAACUUGCUGUCCUGACUCCUAAACCCAUGCAGAAAACGGAGAGGAAGUCAGCUUUGGGCAGUGGACGUAACCUUUGCGUUCCACGCCUAAACGGUAAAACACCCCCCCCCCCCCCACUGUACUAAACACACAGUAGGGGCUCCGUAAACACUUGCCAACUUCUGUUAAGACUAAGAGGAAAAAGAUGGAAAUUGAGAUUUGAGAGACUGUCAUAUGCCUGAACAGUAUUAGAUGGUUUACAUCAUAGCUCAUUUGCUCAUCAACACGCAGUUAGAUAGCUUUUACUAUGUAGACAACUAAACCGAGGCUCAGAAAGGAUAGCCAGGGUCACACGGAAAGUAGAGGUAGGCUUCAGGUUUAACUGAAAGCCCCUGCUCCUGAUGCAGUGCUUCUAGUCAAUGCUCCUAAUGGUCUCUCCUCCGCCAUAGCUCCUGGUACCCUGCUUUUCAGACAGGAGACACCAGAAAAUUUGAGAAGUUUGAUUCCACGUCUGGAAGGGCACUAAGUUUUGCAGACAACUCCUAGGAUGGAAGAACGCUUCUCAAAUCUUCAGGGUGUGGUCAAAACAGGAUGUGCUAGCGCCAGCUCGGCUAGUGGCGAGGCGCGAGUGCGCUGCGGGACGGGACCCAGCGAUUGGUCAGGCCAGGUGGACUCCAACAACUAGAGGCUUCGGGGCAACCCGGAACUCGGCCCGCGGUACCCGGGGCAGCGGGGGCGCGGCGGGCGGUGGCUGCUGGACAGAGAGGGCCGCCCGCCGGGGCGGGCCGCGCGUGACGCACUUCCGUCCUGCGUCUUCCGGCUUAAAGGGGAGCUAGACCUUCCUCAUAACAACAACAAAACCAGCGCGCUCGCGCCGGGCGCCGCGGUUUCUAGUCCCCGCCCUCCCGCCACCUGCAGCUGCCUUGACCGCGCCCGGCCCUGCGCCGCCGCGCAGCUGUGUCCUGCCCGAGGGACCAGGCUGAGAGCGGGCCGCGCCCUUUGGCCAACUUCUCCAGCGGCCACCGCGCCACCUCGCGAGACCCUGGGCCGUGCCGUGGCCGCCGUCGAGCAGCAGGAAGGGAGCGGCCGCUGCGGAGGACGCCCGGCAGGACUGUGCUGCCGGCGGCCCUGCCCGGGCUCGAAGGGCGACGGUGGCGGGCCCCGCGGCCUUCUUUCAGUCCGGAGCCCGGCGGAGCCCGGACCUGGCGGGGAAAGCUGCACCCACGGCCGGGCCCCCCAGACCCCGCCGCCGCCACCGCCGCCACUGUCCAUCAUCCUUGGUACCGGCAAUGGCCUUUGUAUCACCCGAUGCACUUGUGACUGACUUGGACACGGAAUAUUAAGAACCUACUUGCCGCGCUCCCCAUACCAGUCGCGCCGGCAGUUACCACCUCGGCUCAUUUGGGCUUAAGUACUGCUCCUCUUGACUCUGUUCAACUUUGGGGGCACCAUGGACCAAAGUGGGAUGGAGAUUCCUGUGACCCUCAUCAUUAAAGCACCGAAUCAGAAAUACAGUGAUCAGACUAUUAGCUGCUUCUUGAACUGGACCGUGGGGAAACUAAAAACGCAUCUGUCUAACGUGUACCCUAGCAAACCAUUGACGAAGGAUCAAAGAUUGGUGUAUUCUGGCAGACUGCUUCCCGAUCAUCUGCAGCUGAAAGACAUUCUCAGAAAACAAGAUGAGUAUCAUAUGGUUCAUCUAGUGUGUACUUCUCGGACUCCUCCCAGUUCUCCAAAAUCCAGCACCACUAGAGAAAGUCAUGAAGCAUUGGCAUCCAGCAGCAAUUCUAAUUCAGAUCAGUCAGGAUCAACAACUCCAUCAUCCAGUCAAGAAACCUUGUCUUUAUCUGCCAGUUCUUCCUCGGAAGGAUUGAGGCAACGUACCCUUCCACAAGCACAAACCGACCCAGCACAGACUCAUCAGUUCCCAUAUGUAAUGCAAGGAAAUGUGGACAACCAGCUUCCUGGGCAAGCUAUUCCAGCUGGAUUCCCAGUGUAUCCUGCUUUCAGCCCGCUGCAGAUGCUGUGGUGGCAACAGAUGUAUGCUCAUCAGUAUUAUAUGCAAUAUCAAGCUGCAGUUUCAGCUCAAGCUACAUCAAAUGCCAACCCAGCCCAGCCUGCUGCUUCACAGCCUCUAAAUUUGGCACAUGUUCCUGGAGAAGAACCUCCACCAGCUCCAAACCUAGUGGCCCAAGAAAAUCGACCCAUGAAUGAGAAUGUUCAAAUGAAUGCACAGGGAGGUCCAGUGCUAAAUGAAGAAGACUUCAAUCGAGACUGGCUGGACUGGAUGUACACGUUCUCCCGAGCUGCAAUUCUCCUUAGCAUUGUAUACUUCUAUUCUUCUUUCAGUCGUUUUAUCAUGGUAAUGGGAGCCAUGCUGCUGGUUUAUUUACACCAAGCUGGAUGGUUUCCUUUUAGGCAAGAAGGAGGUCAGCAACAGGCUCCCAACAAUAAUGCCGAAGUUAACAAUGAUGGGCAAAAUGCCAACAACCUAGAACUUGAAGAAAUGGAGCGUCUUAUGGAUGAUGGGCUUGAAGAUGAGAGUGGAGAAGAUGCAGGUGAAGAUGCCAGUGCAAUUCAAAGGCCUGGUUUAAUGGCGUCAGCUUGGUCUUUUAUCACCACCUUCUUUACUUCACUGAUACCAGAGGGGCCUCCCCAGGUUGCCAAUUAGACCUGAAAAACUGUGCCAGCUCCGAAGGAGGGUCUGACUUUAGGAAAGUGUUUUAAAUAACAGUGCAAUUUCAAAAAAAUUUAUUACUUUCUUUUCAUCAUCAUGUACAGAGGUGUUUUUUUCUUUAAGCUUCUCAUGCAUAUGAAUAUUUUAAGCACAAAUGGACUACUAAAUGUGUGAUUUUUUUUUUCAAGAUCCUAACAGAACAUAGUAUAACAAUAUUGGUCUUCCAGAUUUUAUUAAUUUCAAUUAUGUAUAUUCUGUCAAGGCAGAUCUAUUUGUGUGUCUUAUUUCUUUAAAGAGCUGCUUCACAUAUAAAUGUCUAUAGCUAAUAGCCCAGCCCUUCAGUGUGUAAUUUGAAUAAAUAUAUCUAUUUUCUGUGAAUUAUCCUGAAAGUUUUAAACAGAAUGACCUCAUAGUUUUUAAUAAAGAAUAUUAUUUACCUAAAAUGUGCUAGCAGCAUCUUGCCCAGCCAUAAAGCAAUAAACUUCUCAAUAAUCUUAAUUUUGACAUUUGGAUAAAUAAUGGAAACUUUCUAUUUUAGGGGCAUGUAUCCCAUCAAUUGGAAUUAGUACCUUAAAAAAAAAAUGGCAGCUCUUCAAUGGAAUUAAUAGUGAUAUAAAUGUUUGAUACGGGCAGUACUUUUAUAAAAUAUGCUGGAAAUUGCUCCCUGUAAUUUUUUUAAAUAAAAGGUCAAUUAUGGUAAA